GAAAUUAACAUAUAUGCAACACGUGUAAAUUUCAGGAGCGGAAGUCUCACGCUUCGCUGGGCUGAGCCAAUGGGCCAAGAGAACUUCGACCGGGAAAAACCCUUUCGAAUUACACAUCUUUGGUUAAAUAGGGUAACAUUACAAGCUGGCUUUUGAGACGGACUUUACAUUACCGCAUGGACGUUAGAAAGCGAAAGACGUGUUCUUCGUGCUAGACUUCGAAGAAAGCGUUCCCGUAGGCCUUCCCACCGACCGCAGGAUAGACCACUUGAAUUUUCUGGGGAAGUAGAUUCAAGGAAAGUGCAAGCAAGCUUUGCGGCUAUUACCGACCGAGAUGUCUGAACGACAGCGGCUGAGACCAUGGUUGGAAGACAAAAUCAACAGCGGAAAAGUGCCUGGGUUGAGUUGGCGAAACAAAGAUCUCAAAGAGUUCCGAGUCUCGUGGAAGCACGCUGGCAAACCCGAUUUUGUCGUCGAAAAGGACGCGAUGCUGUUUAAGCUGUGGGCUGAACACACGGGCAAAUAUAGAGAAGGAGAGUCAGCCGAUCCGUCCACUUGGAAAACGCGGUUCCGCUGCGCUCUGCAUAAGAUGCCGGACGUGGAAGAAGUGAGGGUGCCUCAUAGCUUGGAUGAGAAGGAGCCUUAUCGAGUUUUUCGAUUUAAGGAUAAAGUAGGUAGUCCAACAAAACAAACCUCAAGCUUACCGAGGUCGGCGGACGCAAAUCAAAACGGAAAACGUCAGUUGAACGACUCUGUCAUACGCGCCGCUCCGCCAUCUAAAGAGAACUACUUCUUCAAUAACUACCCUGUACUAUCAUCAGGGACACAGAGCUAUGGCGGCCAUCAACACGAUUCUCCACAGCACGAUAGCAGCGACAGUUCUCUUGAGGACGACAUCGAUCUUGACAAUAUCACUCCGACGAUUCCUCCAUACCCGAGUCACGCGUAUGAACCAAUGCUGACAGACGAACCGGCAUGCGCAAAUCAAGCCACUCUCCUUCCCUAUACCACUUCACCCACUUUCCUUCCCUACACCAACGGCCACGGGGGCGUCUCCAAUGGCAAUUUCAUGAACAAUGGCUAUAUCCGACAGAUCCCUUCUACCUGCGAUAAUUUGGACCUGAACAACAUCAGGAAAGAAAUCUGUGACGCGAUAUUCGCGGCCAAUAGGCAAAUGGGUAAUGGGUCGGUCUUCGGUGAAAGCGGACAAGCCUUCCUUCAACAUGUUAUGACAACUAAUCCUGCCUUGAUGAACAUGAAACUGUGGCUGCAAGAGGUUGUUUUGCCGGAUGAGGCCUCUGAUGUCACCUCCUCUGUCAGCACUCACCUAAACAUGGACAACGGAUUAAUAGAACCAGCUGGUAUGGACAUGGAAGAUGCCAUAGGACGGCCGGUCACCAUUCCUCAUUUGAAUGAAAAUGCAGCGCCUAUGUUCUCGAGAAGUGGAAAAUCAACUGGGGAGAACUGUGAUUCCACCGCUAUGCACAUCCGGGUAUUCUAUGGCAACUGCGAAGUUUAUUCCACAGACACCAGGCUGACAGAAAGCGAACGAGUCAUCAGGAUAUUCCACGGAAGCCACCUGGGGGAGUCCCGUCCGUAUGAAUUGGCACUGCUCAGCAAAAUUUACGGACCUCCCACAGCAAGACAGAUAGAGCUACCGCUGGUCAACAACUACUCCAAAGAAACCAUCAAAGUCAUGGAUUUCUUGAAACGCGGGAUACUGUUGGAGAUAAAUGAGGCCCAGGAUAUCUUUGUUACACGGCUGUGUCUUACCAGGGUUUUCUUUUCUAACGGAAGGAAGGCCGCCAAAAAGCUUGAAAGGGAAGAACGCACGAAAGUGUUUGACUACCAAGGAAAAUUUCUUCCGACUCUCAGAGAAAGCCGAAAUGGAAAUCGAGAGUAUCCUUCGUAUGAAGUCACUCUCUACCUGGGAAGAACUGAUGGGAGCCUGGUAUCCAUUGUUAUCACCCACGUGAUGGCUAAGAUGAGCCUGCACAACGCAAACACAGCGGGUGAGAACUUUUGGUCUGAGCCAAAUCUGAACGAUCAGUUAGCUACAAAUCUGGAAGAGGAUUGCAUGUAUUAAAGUGAGCACCGUAAACACUGCUUCAUAAAGUUUAAGAAAUCAUUUUUUUUGUAGUAGAUUAGUGUAACACCACUUUUGUACUAAAAUUGAGCAAAAAUAUUCAGAAAAGCAGGCACUGAAAAGUCUUUAAAACCGAAGUAGUAGUAGUAGUCUUUGCAUCAGCAUGUCACCUGCAUGGGUCGUAUUUAUCUAGGAAGACAUAACAUGUUUCACCAUUUUCCCAACUCAGCAAGUCGUUUAUUACGUCUUCCUAGGUAAAAAGGCGACUUACAUAAGAUCUGUUAGCAAACAAAAAUGUCUCUACAAGCCAUGUUUAGCUGAAGCAAACGGAUACCAUUGAAAUCAACUUGAUAAUGGUUUGUGUCAAACCGAAGUAAAGUUUGGAAUUUUA